GGCGUCGCGAGCGUCGCAGCGCCAGUGCCUCACAGCGGUCGCGCGGGACGGACGUACGCUCGUCGCUCCUAGCGCCAUUACAACAAUACGAAACAAGUUAAAAGUACACUAAACUACUCUAACUUUAUACCAACAAGAAUAACCAACAUGGACUUGAUUGCACCAGUGAAAAAAACUUUAAGCGAAGCCAGCUAAAGACGUUCUUAUUGGAAUUUGUGUGUUUUUUCUACCUUAUCGAAUGAUAGCGUAACCGCGAGGUGAGACAAAACGCGAGUGGAUUAGUUAUUGUUUUGACAAAAGACAUUUUCCGUUGUAAAGUCGGUUUUGAAUUUUGAGUUGUUUUUGUUUUAUAACGAGGCGUGUGGAAAAGGGACAGAAUGAGGUUCCGUGCGCGUGCGACAGGUGUGGCGGUUGUGGCCGUGCUGUUGGCAACAAUAACAGGAUGUUCAGCGCAGAACCUGAGGAUAUUCCCGGUGCAGAAGCAGCAGACGGUGGCAGUGGGCAAGUCGGUGGUGCUGACGUGUCAGGUGGAGGCCAAUGACCCCGCCCUCAUCACGCAGCCGCAAUGGAAGGACCCUAAGGGAAACGUCAUCAAUGAGGCCAUCGCGGGCACCCGCCCCGAGAUCUACACGGAGCCCAUGACGGCGAAGCAGUCGCAGCUGCUGUACAUCUCGUCCAUCACGCCCGCCAUGGCCGGCAACUACACCUGCGUGGCCACCUACACCAACGUGCCGCUCAGCGCCAGCGUCAUCUUGGACACUUUCAUUGCCAUAACAUGGACGAACGCAAACGAGAACCAGUACGCGACUAAAGGCAAGGAUUUCAAAGUGAUGUGCGAAGUCACCGCCGAGCCCGCGCCGUCUGUUGACUGGUUCAAAGAGGGCACUCCAAUUGUAACAGGUGAUCGUUACGUGAUUCACGCCAACGGUUUGAUGAUCAAGAAUGUGCAAGAAAGCGAUGACGGAACUUACACGUGCCGAGCUGUGGUCAUUCAAACUGGUGAACUUGCUGAGAGGAAUAUCAAACUGGAGGUUUACACUGCCCCGGAAAUGGAGGAAAGGGAGUCGCGUGUUCUGAUCAAGGAAGGGGAAUCAGCCGCUAUAACCUGCAAGGCCAGAGGCCAACCCCCUCCAACUUACACCUGGAUUAAAGCAUCCACACGAGAGAAUCUGGCUACGACCUCCCGGUUCAGCGUCAACGAUAUCACUGGUCUUCUUACCUUCGACCGAGUGGAAGCUGGUGAUUACGGAAAGUACAUUUGCAACGCUGUGAACAAAGCUGGACAGAACGAGACAGAGAUCGAAGUAGAAGUUCUCGUGAAACCAAAGAUAUUUGAGCUCUUUAAUGUGACAGCUGCCGAGAGGACUGAGGGUAGACUGGAGUGCAAGGCCACUGGUCGACCUGCCCCUCGCAUUGCCUUUAGGAAACUCAGUCGACAGGAACCAUUCGUCAAUGGCCCUAAUGAUGAUGGAAGAAUCACAAUUGAGACAAGUUCCACGCAAACUGGGGACCAAAUGCAAUCAACCGCUGUUAUCCACAUCGCGAAACUGAAUCGCACAGACGAUGGACUUUACGAAUGUAUAGCUAACAAUGACGGUGGAGAAGCAAGAAAGAAUGGUCAUUUGACUGUGCAGUUCAAGCCUUCCUUUGAUCACAUGCCUAAUGUUCCUAUUUGGAGCUGGAACGGUCAACCUGUAAACAUCAGCUGUGUCGCUGAAAGUAUUCCAAACGCCACUAUCAAAUGGAAGUUCCACGAAUUAGACCUAGUCGAGUCUCCUCAUGUGAGAAUUUACGGCUCGGGACCCUACAGUUACGUCACUGUGACGCCGCGUGAUACAGCUCUCUACGGAUACUACAAAUGCAUCGCCACGAAUACCUUGGGUGAAGCCGACCACACGAUCCACCUGCGUGAAGCAUUCCCACCGGGCCCUAUUGUUCAAGCCCGACAAGAAACAAUAACCGCUACAUCUGUAUCAUUCAACAUAGUCGGCCCGCCGGAAGGCCAGGGUCCACCUAUCUUAGCGUACACUUGUCAGUACAAGGAGAAUGGAAAUUACGAUUGGACAUUUGCCGGCAACAGGACUUGGUCAGUCAAUUCCCCGUACAUUGUGGAGCAAUUGAAGCCGAUGUACACCUACGACUUCAGAUUCGCAGCCGUCAACCAGGUGGGCGCCGGCAGCUGGGGUGCACCUCUAACCGUCAUUAUGCCUAGAAGGUCACCACCCGAGCUUCCUAAAUGGAGGGAAAACAUUAGUUCGGAAUCAAUCGUCUAUGCUAAAUACGCUGACCGUUAUGAAUUGAGGUGGAAAAUUCCAGCCCACAAUGGAGAGCCCAUUGACAUGUACGAAGUAACUCACUGUCCGGUUAUGAAAGUGAGCGGAGAAUGGAGGGUCUCAUCUGAAUCUCAAUGCAUUACUGAGGAAUUGAAGUCUUACGAGGCCAUCAGCUAUGAGGUGCGAGGUCUCCACCCGGACACUCGCUACCGUUUGCAAGUGCGCGCCCAUAACGUUCUUGGAUACUCGUUACCAGCCCAACUUUACAUACAAACCGCUCUCGGUGUGGAACGUUCAGGAUUCGCGCCACCUCAGCUUCUGUCGAGUGGUGCCAUCAUCGGCCUGGCUCUAGCCGGUGUGUUCAUUUGCCUCAUCAUCGUUGACCUUCUUCUCUUCUGCUGGAGACGUCAAGGAGUCAUCGCUACUAUUUGUGGAAAACGGGCAAAGAACCACAAGGAUGAUGAAGCCAAACUGGGGAGUUUGUACGGUUGGCGCUUCCCACUCCCUUAUUGCAGUACGAAGCCGCGAGCGCCCCCGUCCCCCGCGCCCCUGCCACCGCCGGUCAAGCUCGUGCCAACUCCGACCUAUGUUCCGACGACACCCGUGGACGAAAAGGAACCUCUUAAGGACACAGCCGAAGAUGCAAUGAAGAGAAAUUCAUCCGUUGAGUUUGAUGGCCGACGGGUAUACGCAACUAGUGGUGGUCCUAUUAUUGGAAAGAACUCCGCUGUAUAAGCAACUGACAGGCAUUUUUGUUUAUAAUUAUCUUAAACAUUGCAUUAGCAACACAUCUGAUCUGCUGAACUAGCAUCGAGCAUCGUAGGAACUAUGGCAAAAUAAUUUAUUUCAUAAUUUAUGUUUUUACAGUAGUAAGUCCUGUACACCCUGAUCAGUGAUCAUUUUUGUUGAACAAAGUUUUUACCAGUAGGCAAAGUUUAAGUGAACCUAAUUGUGAGUAUUUAAAAACUGCCAAAAGACAAAGUAUUAAAUUUUAAGGUAUAUUGUAUUGUCCAGCUUUACUUAUAGAUUGAAAUAACAUCUGUAUUAAAUUGUAAGUAUGAUUAAUCUAAUUAUUUGAAAUGAUCUGUUUAUCGUUAUUAUAUUUAACAGAUUUAAGUUGUUCCUUUUAAGUAGGAACAUGAGUUUGUAAUCUUUCAUGAGAACGUCAGGGUCUAGGUUUGUUGUUCGAAACAGACUACAAUAAUACACUUUUUUUAUUGAAAGUUUCUACUACUUAAAAUGCUUUCGCUUCAUAAGGUACAAAUUGUGCCUUCUCUAGUACGUAGAAUGUACUUCUCAUGAUAUUAAUAUUUAGGCUAAGUCAAUGUACAGCUUUAGUCAAUAAGAUAACGUAUACUAUGUCACACGAUUUUUAUACUGAAUUUUUCACAAGAUCAUUAUUACAUCAUCACAAAGCAAAUCACAAAUUAAUUUGGGACCGAAUAGUCUUAAUUGAUGACAGAAUAGGGUCUGUUUUAUAAAAUCAAGAUCUACACAUCGUACUUUAGUAUUUAGGACUUAGCAUUAGGAACAAACAAUGUUUUGUUCAAUUGUAAAUAAAUUGUAAAUAGACAGCUUUACCUACUUUGUCACAAGUGUUAUUGUAGAUGAUUAUAAUUUUUAUGGGAGUUUUUACACAAGUAUUUUUUUUUUAUAUCUUGUAAACUCUACUGUAAUUCUUGUGAAGGAAACUUGGUAAGAAAAGGAGAUACAGCAUUUAAUAAAAUGUAUUUUAUAUUUCUAAGAUAGGUAUGAACCUUUGAGAAAAUUAAAUUCAAAGAAAUACACUGUGAAGUAAAAUUAGUUCUAAAUUACAAACAUAAUAAAUUUCUCAAAAAUGUUUAUAACAAAUUACCUACAAUACUGUAUUUAUGGUAAAGUAUUUUUAUUUGACACGUUCUAUGUUUGUAUUUAUAAUUUAAACAUUAUGAAUAUAGAUUCAGCACAUUUUUUGAACAAUAGAAAUCGUAUAGUUAAUCUACGCUACAGGAAAGUUGUAGCUCCUAUCAUUUAUAAUAUUAUUAUGAUACAUUGAACCAACUUUUUUGUAUAAUGUUAAAUUGAGCUACGCAAUAUUGUAUUAUUAUAUAAAAAUGUAAUCUUACAGAUACUUAUCGCUUAUGUUUUGGCGUUGUUGUAUUAAUGUUAUACCUACAUUAUGUAUUUGGAGAAUUUCUUGUGUAUCUAAAGAAGGAGCUAUCUCUUGCUACUUAUUCUGCAUACGUGAUUGUUUGUCUGUCAGCUUUGAAUGGAAUCAGAAAAGUCUGGUGUUAAGGACAAAUUGAGAGGAAAGCGCAUUUUUUAUAAAAAAAUAAAUGUCUCUACGAUAUA